AGCGACAGGAAGUAUCCCGCGCCUCCGAGUAGCCAGUCUGCCUGUCGCAGUUACAGGAGUCUCUAGACAAAAAGCCAGGUGUGAGAGAUGUCCUUCACUGUUGUCAAAGACAAGGGGGUGACUGUGAUCACUGUGGCGGCUGAUGAGAAGAGCAUGUUACCACCGCUGUGUCAAAUCAUGAAGUCUCUCUGCUACAGUCCAAUGUGCUGCUCAGUGAAAAAGGGGCUGAUGCAGACCAGUGUGGCCGUUGCUCUCGGGACCAUACAGAUCAUGGUGGGGCUGUUCAACAUCCUACUCGGGCCAGGACGAACAAGCCUCCAUCCUGAUGAUUUUGCCUAUUUGGGAGCUGCGUACUGGCUGGGUGGUAUGUUCAUCUUAGCCGGAAUCAUGUCCAUUCUUGCCGGCCAGUUCCCCUCUCGGUGCCUGGUGAUCUCUUCCGUGGUGAUAAACAUAAUCGGAUCUCUCAUCACCAUUGCUGGCGUUGUGCUCUACGCCAUAGACAUCUUCGAUGUCAUGGAUGCCAGCAUGUGUGACUGGGAAAGGUACAAAUCUCGUGAAGAUGAUGACAACUGCACAUCAGUCAUGCACUUUUUCCAGCGCACAGUGGUGGCCAUGGACAUUACUAUGAUCAUCCUGACUGUUCUGCAGCUGUGUGUCUCCAUCAACAUGACUCUUCUGGGCAUCAAGGGUGUGUGCACGCUGAGGAAGGGAAAGCAGGGCGGCAGAGCUGACGAGGCUGACCAGCCACUGUUGAAGGAAGUCCUCAUGACCAGUCCUGGUGCCUAAAAUCAACUCAGCAUUCAUCCAAACACGAAGAUGUUAGAGUGUGAUCAGCAACGCAUCAUUACAACUGUUUAAUGUGUCAGCUUGAAAUAAUAACUAAUAACUGUUUUUUUUUCUAAAUCUCAAGUACACAACUUUUUUAUGUUUAAGAGAAAAAUCAAUCUGUAGUCUGGUGCAAUGUGAUUUUAUAAAUAUUUCUUUUUUUAUCAGCUUGUGAAUCAUCAUUUAAAGUAAUCUUCCUUGAAUAAAGGUAAAAGUGUUGACAAUG